GGGCAAAGGCGCGCGGGGCCCAGGCGAGAGGCACGACCCAGCCCGCGGGGGGGGGAGGGGCAGAGCUGGAGCCCCCCCACUCAGAGGAGGGGACGUGGGCCGAGCUCUGCCCCGAGACCAGCGGCGCCCGCCCCGCCCGGGCACCUCAGGAAGGCCGCUGCGCCGCGCGCAGAGGGAGAGAACCGGCCUCGCCUCGCAUCCCGUCCGGCCCCGGCUCCUGCCGGGGUCACCAGUGUGUCGGCACCCCCGGGCGCGGCCGCUCAUUGGCCAGCUGCGGCCCCGGAUGGAACGCUCUGCCCCCCCGGCCCGACCUCCAUUGGCCCCGUCCCCGCACGUGACGCCAACGGGCCGCCGGGCGCCAAAUUCAAACCGCGAAACGAAACGAACGGCCUCCGUGGGCCGAGCGCAGCAGCGGAGCCCGGCGGCGCCGGGUCCCUGCGGGGAGGCAGCGGGGCGCGCGACCCCCUCCCCCCCCCCGGACACCGGGGGUCUGUUCUUGUAGUCUUCAAUGGAGAGCGACUGUACAGACCAAUGAUGAGGACCAGCCCUCGCAGGCCCCUGAUUCUCAAGAGACGAAAACUGUCCCUCCCGGAUGGCAAUGCAUCCAACUCUCCAGCAAGAGAUGAACCGGAUGGGGAGAGUAAAGGAGCCCCCAAGCAGGAGCAUAGCAGAGGGGACAAACCCAGGGACAGAGUGGAGUGUGUCACCCAGAAAUUCCCAGCAGGAAUAAAGAUCAUUAAUCACCCAACCAUGCCCAACACCCAGGUGGUGAUCAUCCCUCCCAAUGCUGACAUCCAGAGUAUCAUCGAGGCUCUGACAGCCAAGGGGAAAGAAUGUGGCAGCAAUGGGCCCAACAAGUUCAUUCUUAUCAGCAGUGGGGGCAGCUCUCGCCCCACAGGCUCAGCAGCAACUCAGCAGAAGCUCCAAUCAAAGGAUGAGACGAGCACAGCAACAAAGGGGACCAGACCAGCAGAUUGUCAGGGUGGAGAGAAGAACAUCGAACAAAACCCUGACAAAACUGUGGAAAGGGCAGUACUGUGGCCUCCACUAGCCAAUUCCAUGGGAGGACAAGAACAGGAAGGAAACAGCAGUGGAGAGGCAACAAGCAGCGGGUUGGAUAACAGUCUUACUAACAUCCAAUGGCUAGGGAAGAUGAGCUCUGAUGGGCUGGGCCCCUGUACUGUGAAACAAGAGAUGGAGAAGGAGAACCAGACACCUGUGCAGGAGAGGAUCAAGACUGAAGAAGACUCCAUUGCUGCUACUGCUACCUCCUCCUCCUUGUGGCAGGACCCGGUAUCAGAACGGCCCCCCUACUCCUACAUGGCCAUGAUCCAGUUUGCCAUCAACAGCACUGAGAAGAAGCGCAUGACCCUGAAGGAUAUCUAUACCUGGAUUGAGGACCAUUUCCCUUAUUUCAAAUAUGUGGCCAAGCCGGGCUGGAAGAACUCCAUUCGACACAAUCUAUCACUUCACGAUAUGUUUGUCCGGGAGACGUCUGCCAAUGGUAAAAUCUCCUUCUGGACGAUCCACCCUGAUGCCAAUCGCUAUCUGACGCUGGACCAAGUGUUCAAGCCGCUGGAUGCGGGGUCACCAACAUCGCCUGAGUACUCUGAAUCACAGCAAAAACGACACAUUCCAGAACUCCAGAAGAACACAGGGGGCAACAGCAGCAACAAAACUGAGCCGCAGAAUGCACGCCGAAAGAUGAAGCCUUUGCUUCCUCGCGUCAGCUCCUACCUGGUUCCAAUCCAGUUUCCUGUGAGCCAACCUCUCAUCCUGCAGUCCUCCCUGAAGGUGCCUCAGCCCAUGGCCCAGGGAGCCUCCCUCAGUGGCUCAGAGUCUAUCCGGAGCAGCAAGCGUGUACGCAUUGCUCCAAAGGUGUUGCCGUCCACUGAAGAGCCAUCCUCAUUCUUGCCCACGGGGCCUGUGAAGGAGAAGAGUCACUGUGAUGAAAGGUCGUCCCCAUUUGCCCCAACCCAAUCUGUAAAGGAGAACAACUCCCAGCCUGGUGAAGCGCCAGCCUCUUUCCCUGCAGCCCUGUGUAUAAAGGAGGAGAAGGAGGACUGCUGUCCUGACAAAUGGCUGCCCUCAUUCCCCCCAGUCUUGUCUAUAAAGGAGGAACCAGUGCAGUCUGAUGAAGAGCCAGGCCUGUUGCUCCCAGUACCAUGUGUGAAGCGGGAGAAACACUUCACUGUGCUGAAGUCCCCGCCCCGCGGCGUAUCUGACACAGUGAUUAUAAAGAGGCGGAAGAUGGGCAGGUCCAGAAGGAAACAGCACCUAGUGCUACCUUGCUCAGAAGAGCCAGUCCUGGUUCUGCCAGAGAGUAGUGGCUCGGACUCCUUCAGGCUGACAUUGGACCUUCCUUUCCUGCAGGAAACCCAGUCUCUGGAGCUCAGCUGCUCCCAGGAGGAGGGUGGCCCCUUUAAAACACCAGUCAAGGAGAUGUUCUGCAAGCUGCCAGUUUCCUCCACCCCGAGCAAAGUCCCAACUGCUACUCCACCAAUGGGGGGCCCUGACUCCUGGAGACUUGCACCCAUUGCUAAGGAAAGCAGUGAGCUGGACUUCAGCCCCGUGAGAACCCCUCAGGUGCCAUUCACAUCCCUCCAAGAGAACUUGGACUUGCUGGGCUUCAACAGCACUCCCCUUAAAAACUCCUUGUUUGACUCCCCUCAACAGCUUCUCCAAACAGAGUCCAAUGACAUGGUUUCCGGGCCCCUCACAAGCUCUCCUGCUUCCAAUCCUGAAUCCACCAAGCAAUCAUCCCCGGAAUUGCCAGCCUCUGGACUUCCUGAGAACCAGUCUCUCAUGGAGGGCCUGGUUCUGGACACCAUGAACAACAGCCUGAGCAAAAUCCUGCUGGAUAUCAGCUUUUCUGGCCUAGAGGAUGACAUCCUGGGGCAAGAGAUGAGCUGGUCUCAGUUUAUUCCUGAACUGAGAUAGGCUGUGUUUGGCUUAUUCCCAAGCUGUAAUGGACACUGGGCUCUACUGAGACUUGCUUAGAUGGGAUAUGCAGGGGCCCAUAAUGUGGUUUUGACUUAUUCCCAUUGGGAAUACUGGGCUGUGCUGAGAUCUGCUUGGCUGGAAAACAGACAGGCCCAUUGGCUGCUAUGAGCUCACUUAUGAGCUGCAAUAAAUAUUGGUCUGGGACAGGCUGGGGCUUAUUGGCUGGUCUUGCCUCAGGCCUGAGUAAGUGGAGAAACAGAGUCCCUUGUGAAAAGCUGUCAGGGAAGGUUUCCAGGUGGGUGCUGAAUCACCCUGCCAUCCAAGGGGUUGGAGGCGAUGAGGAUAGGCCCCUCCAAAGUACACCUACUGGAGGGAGGAAAGUCCCAAGCCUUUCCUGGCUCUGUCCUCAACAACUCCCUCGUACAAUUCCCUUCCUUUCACUCUGCUCCACUUUUCUGAGAUGCCUGUCAUGACUCUGUAAAUAUUGUACAUUCCUUAAAUUAGCUUUUAAUUAUAAAUGUCACUUUAUUCUUUUAGAACUUUUAUGGGCAUAGAAAUGGGUGGUAAAAGGCUUGAUUUGAAGCAUUGUCCCUGUCUCUUCCCCCUGAACCAGGUUGAAUGCCUAAGAUGCCAUUUUUGGUCUUUUUUCACUUCAGAAACACAUUGGCAUAGGACACUCUGAGUGUUGGCAGGGGCAGAGGUUGAAAGAUCACCCCUCCGCAAGUGUGUGUCUAUUCCAAUUGAAGUGGUGGAGAGGAAUUGUAAGAUGGAUGUUAAAAUCUUCACUUAAAAAUAUGCGGUCUCUUGAAACUCACUUGUGUAUCUUCCACUGCAGUGUGUAAUAGGGCAGCUGGUGUCAGUCCUCCGGAGUUUAUGUAAUACGAAGGAAUGUGCCCUGGAAGGACUUUAGAUGGGGCCUCUGUUCAAAAACAAAAUAAGACACAGACAUACCUCAACCAAACCGUUUCCAUUUCCUGUGUAUAAACUGGGGGUGGGAUCGCUGGGCCACAUGCUGCCGUUGCUGCUUUCAAGGGUCAGAGCCAGCACUGCUAUUCUAACUUUCUUUCUUGGUGCGAGUGCUUUUUAACAAUUCACUCAAGGUAGACAAUGCAAUGAGGAGUUAAUUUCCAUUGCCUAAUAUUCAUGCUCUAGCACUGUGAUUCAGUUCUGAAAGCAAGCCCUAGACUAAUUCAGGAGGUAUGUGGGGUAGAAAAGAACUGUGAGCGGAAGGGGAAAGAAGGAUGAGUCAGGUUCCAUCCUGCCAACGUUUGGGGAAAUCCCACAAUUGUGGGAGAUUCCUAGGAUCUGUUCUGGUAGCUGUCCAGAGCUGAAGAUCCAGACAGUAAGCUGCUGCUCUUAGCUUUUUUCUUCCUCAGCUUUGAGAACUCCAGGAUCAUGAUUUCAUACGGUCACCAUUCCCCACUUCUCCCCAUCUUAAAUGCAGCUUAGCUUUAGGGGCCAGGGGGAGCAAAAACAUACAUUUUUCAAAAAUAGAAGGGUGAGGUGGAAAAAAAGGAACAAGCAAGGGAUGAAAGGAAAGCAGCAAAUAGCCAGGAAAGAAGGGAGACGGUGGCAACUGUGUCCACCCAUGGAGCAGGGAGACGAUCCACCAGUGUAUCACAUGUAGGAGUGCCAGUAAAAGACUAGGAGACACCUGGCUAGCACCAAGCCACUGUUUGGAAUUCUAACCAAAGCAUGUUUAAUAGAAAAUUUUAAUACUGGAUCUGAGCCUUGCUUCAGUGUAUUGUCUCUGAGAGGUUAGUAGCAGAUGCUUUAGAGUAAAGUGCAAGAAACACCACACUGGACAAUUAAAAAAUAAUAUGCCCAUAGGAGAAGCACUCUUAUACAAUUAGAUGUUAUCCAUAUGAAUGUCUAAUCUUUUUUCUGAAUCCUGCUAAGCUGUUGGCUUCAAUGACAUCCUGUGUCACUGAGUUCCAGAGAUUAACACAGCGGGGGGGGGGGGGGGGGGGGGGGGAAUAACUUCUUGAAUUUUUUUUUUUGUUUUAUAUAGCGUUUGAUAACCUUCCCCCAUCUCCCCCUUUAUUCCUGAAAUCUAAUUUUGGGAGAUAGAGCUGCAAGGGCUUUGUAGCCUUACCAAUAAAACAACGGGAGGAUUGGAGACUAGUAUUUUUAUUAAGGUGGAAUCAUACUAGGGAAAUCUUAGAUUAGACCAUAAAGCCCCACUGGUUAGCACCAGCCUUUGCAUUUAGAGGGACACAAAUCUCAGGAAUUUCUAACAAUACUUGGUAGUAGCCUUCCAACCACAAAGGCUGGUGCUAGCCAGUGGGACUUUAGGGUCCAGUCUAAGCUUUCCCUAGCAUGAUUCCACCUUCAUAACACCAUUUCCCCCUCAUCCCUUUGUUUUAUUGGAAAGGAGACAAAACCCUUGCAGCUCCAUCAGAUACCAUUCUCAGAAUUUUGUCUAUGGCUUCAGAGAAUAGAGUGCUAAGUGUGACCCAGUCCUACCCAUCUUAAUUAGUGUACUCAUGAUUUAUGAACUGUAGGGUUUUUCUUCCACAAGGGAAAAUUAUAGAAAGUAAAUAUGAAAGAUAUUAGGUUCCAGAUUGUCCAUGUCCUUGGGGCCAAUGCAGGACUGUUUCCUCAAUUGUGCUUUCUGUAGUCUAGUUGAUCUUGUCUCCAACCAUGUGGCUUCCAUCAUUUCCAUUAGGAAGAUCAGUGGAAAGUGAAUAGUUCACAUGGUUAGGGCAUUUUCCCUGCUAAGAUGUUUGGGGUCCACCAGCCUGCUAGUUAAGUAUAUCUCCCCUGUCUUUAGAAAACUAAUUCUACACAAGUUUUGGGUAUCCCUCCUCCACUUGAGACUUAAAAGUCCAUAUUUACCUAUAUACGUUUUCAAAUAUUCCAGUUAUGCUCUUUCAUGCCUCUUCCUUAGUGGUCAUUUGCCUAAGACCUACAUAUUUAGGUUCGAAUCCUUCUUCAGAUGUCCCUCCCAAACUCUAUAUAAUCACGUUUGUUGCUGUUUUCUGACUCCCCUCCAUCUACCCUGUCCAGAAUAGAAUAUGCCAAGUGUGAUCACACUGCUGUUAUUCCCCUCCACCCCCCACACUCCAUGAUGUGAUAUCUACAAAUACAGCCUAAAAGCAUAUCUGUGAUUGCAUGCUCCCUUUUGGCACACACCAGAGGGGAAUUAUACCAGGUGCAGCAGCUUCUGUUCACUAAUGUGCAUUCAAAUAGAAAAUGCAAAAAUGAAAAGGAGAUACAAUCAGCUCCCACUGGUUUCAGAGCAAAAAUGCAACAGUUCACUAGUCAGUUCACACUGAAAUACUAAAUGGAAGAGCUAAGUUCUGAUGGGUCUAAGUAGAAAGGCACGAGACCUAAAGGUGAGAUUUUCAAAAGCAAUGUAGUGCUUGCCUAAAGGGAGUUUAGCCAUUAACUGCAAUGGGAGUAGCGUUAGACCAAUGCUAAGUGCUUUUGAAAAUCUCAGUCUGCAUGGGCAGCAAAGAGCUAAGCAUGUAAGAAGCCUGUCAGAGAGCUGUGUUCUAAUGGACUGAGCAUGUGGCUGAGAAGCAGCAGACUUGAGUUCUAUUCCCACUUAUUUUCACCUGUCUGUGCCUCAGAGAUUUUAAAGCCAGACGGGACCCUUAUGAUUAUCUAGUUUUACCUGUAUUUCAGAGGCCAGAGAAUUUAACCAAAUAGUUCCUGCUUCAAGUCCAUAACUUCUGGGGGAGCCUCAAGUUUCCUCAUCUCUAAGGAGGAGAUAAACUUGUCUCUAGAGUGCUUUGAGGUGAUGAAAGUGCUACUUAACUGCUAGGUAUUGUUACUCUGAAACUGAAAAACAUUCAGUGGGCCAAGAGGGCUCUCUUCCUUUUAGUUUACCUACAAAUGUCCUUUCAAGAUUCCUUAGUUCAAAUGCUCCUGCUUCAGCCCCAGCUGAAGUCAUAGUUCUCUGUACAUGACAUCACAAG